AAGAUCAAAAAUCUGGAAUACGUAUCAGAGAUCUUGGGCUCCUGAUUUCAAGUGGAAGCAUUCAUGGUUGUGCGUGUUUCGCCAUCACUUCAACAACAACAAAAAAUGCCAGAUGUGAGCAGAAGCUGAUGUCCAAAGUGCCAAGUAGCAGUGAACAUCCAGAUUUGAAUAAUAUGAAAAUCUUAAUAUUUCAGCACAGAAACAUGACUGAAAAAUUUCAUUAGUGAUGUUGUCAUCUCCUUGUCUUCAUGCAUUUUAAUAAACCUGGAUAUUUAACUAAAAGUUAACAAACACAGCUAAGUUUUAGAGACAAUAGUACCGUAUCCCUUAAGAAGUCUGAUGCUGUUGAAGCAUGUUUCCCAGGUUCACUGAGACUCUUCGCUAGGAACCAAAAAGUAAUAAGGAAUGUCCCAUAAAAUUCGCAUGGGUAGAAAUGGCUGUUGAACACCAUAGUGUUCUGGGCUCUUUAAAACACAAACUGUACCAUUAUUAAGUCUUUCAGUUGUAUGAUACAUCUCAGUUUGUAAUGUUUUAUUAGGGAUACUUAACUGCCUUCCCAAAUCGGAUGGAAUUUUUAUUGGGGUAAUUUGUAUGAAAUAUUAAUAUUGCUACCCUUUAAUGAAUUAUUUGAAAAAUGAAGUGAUUAUAAGUCACAUUUUAAGCACUGUGUUAAAUGAACUAUUAUAUUUAUUAAAAAAUUUCUUCAUAAUCAAAAAACUGAAAGAACAGCAUGUCCGCAGCACCUCAAAUUCAUAUUUUCUUUGGUGCACCUAGCCUCCAAGCUUCAUUAAAGACUUCUAAAGAAGAGAGGUUUUCAGCAUCUACUGCUGAAAAAUGGCAGAAACUCUACUUUUCAUUUCCUAAGGACACUUUUAAACUUUGUACUAGAAAAUGUAUAUGUCUUGAACGUGUAGAUCAUCGGACACCGAAUGAUACAGAAUUGACUGCUCAGUCGAAAGAUCACUUCCCACCAGAUGGUGCAAAAGAAUAUGGGUUGACUGAUGUUUUUUUGACAGACUGUAGAGCUGGUGCUGGAAGAAUAAAAUUACUCAGCAAUGAAGCUAAGCAUCUUCCAUAUCAGCAGCUUCUCACUGAUAUAAAAACAGGUGAACCAAGCAAGCAAUCUGAAGAUGCUGAAGGAAGUACCAGUAAGAUGCACAAUCACCUUACUAUUCCUCCCUUGGCUUCUAGUACUGAAAAGUUUAGCAGAGGUCUGGAGUCUAUAGGACAGGAUGAUAAACCAUCAGAUGUUCAGUGUGCUCAUUACCAGCUCUUGAAUCAAUACUUGGAGGGAUGUUCCCCACAAGUAAUGAAAGAAUCAAAGACUGGAAAACCACUAAAUGUGUAUUCAGAUCUUCCAGUUUCAACAGACACUGAAUUCCUUAGUAUUCUGACUUCAAGCCAAGUUGCUCUGCUUUCAGGAGGGCAUGCUGUAGGACAAAAUGAAACACAAAGCAAAUCUACAAAGGCAAGUGGAACAGAAUUGGAUGGACUUUGUAGGGAAGAUGAAGCAUCCACAGAACUGCAUAUUCAGUUAAAUGAAAAUGGUGGUUUAUGUGCAAAUAGUGAUACAGAUAGCUCUCUUGAACUGUUUGACUUUGAUAGUACCGUGAAAAGCAACUCAUAUUUGAGAGAAAAUGCCUUUCAAGAAAAUGCUGACCAUUUGUGUUCAUCUGAUGAUAAACCUAAGAAAGAGAUACAUUAUAUUGAACCAUGGAAGAAAGGAAUAUUGUGUUCUCAAGUCAGCCACUCGGCUAAAAGAUCUCAAACAUCUGAAGAUAUUUCACCGGCAACUUACAUUACACUUGGAGACCAACAGCAAUCAAAGAAAGCCAAAUUGAUUUGUUCUCCAGUUUGUGCAGUUCCACAAAUAGAGCAACUGAGAAUUUCAGGGUUUAAGAAAGUUUUAAAACGCCCAUCUCUGCUUAAAGACUGUUUAUGCAAAGGUCAGAAGUACACCGUCUUAGUCACAGUUCUACAUCCUUGCCAUAUUAAAGAAAUACAAACAAAGCCAGGAUCUAAAUUAUCCUCAAGAGUCCCCCUAGCCACAGUCGUAGUUUUUGAUCAGUCUGAAGUACAACGAAAGAUUGCGUUGUGGAGAGCAGCAGCAUUUUGGUCACUUACAAUGUUUCCUGGUGAUAUCGUACUAUUCACAGAUGUGAUUAUAAAUGAGAAUCGCUGGAAUGGGGAAAUAUUGCUGCAGUCAACGUUCACUAGUCAGUUAUUGAAUCUUGGAAGCUGCUCGACUAUUAAUCGGAACAAAUUCUCGCAUAUAGUGGAUGUUAAUAUUCUCCAGGAUUUGCUGGCAUAUGUGUCUUCCAAGCAGGCCUAUCUUCAAGCUCUCCCCCAAAGGCAGACCCAGACUUUGAACAAUAUACAACAUAUUCAACUAGAUCAGCUCAAACCAGAUAGAUUGGUGCAUGCAAUAGUGAAAAUUAUCAACAUCACUGUGCUAUCAGAAUCUACAUACAGUUACAAAGGAGAAACAAAAAGAAAAAUUAUUUUAACAGUAGAACAAAUCAAGGACCAGCAUUAUGUCUUGGUGUUAUGGGGCGCUCUAUCAGUUCACAGUCCUCAGCUUCAAAGGAAAAGAGACCACAUAUGGGAAUUCAAAUACCUAUUUACAAAACACAGUCCCAUCUCUGGUGAACUCGAAUUGCAUACAACACCAUGGACAUCUUUGGAGUGCCUCUUCGAUGAUGAUAGAAGAGCUAUUGAGUUCAAAGAGAAGUUUGAGAAGGAUGUCAGAUCACUGAUGGAUAUAACUACUCUUGCUGCACUUCUGGAGGAGAAAUGUUCUGGAAUGAUCCAAGUGAAAGCCUGCAUCUCAGAGUUGAAGUUUGCUGUUGCCUCUUCUCCACAUGGACAGCUUUUCUUUGAUGAUAAAACUUCAUUGCAGCAGAUAUUUGCUUCUGUUACUCAAAUCACCUAUGCGGGCUGUGCAAAAUGUGGACUUGAACUACAGAUAGAUGAUAACAAGAUCUACAAACAGUGUGUUAGCUGCUUACCCUCUAAUAAACUGAAGAUAUUCUACAGACCUGCACUGAUGACUGUAGAGGAUGGGAAAUGUGAUGUGUCCAUUCAAGUGGCAUCAGAACUAAUGGAGAAAAUGUUCCUCAAUAUUCCAGCAGAGUGGCUGAACAAGGUCAUAGCGCCUUCUUUAGAGACCACAUACGGCAUGGUAGUAGCAGAUCUGUGUCAUUCGCUGCUCACCGACACACAAGCAUCCUAUAUUUUGGAAAUCAGGAGCCAUUUUGUACUGGAUGAAAAUAGCUACCCUUUGGAGAAGACUUUCACUUUGCUGGAUUUUCAUCUUGAUCUCUGAAUAUAUAUUGAAAUGAAAUAUUUAUUUUUAAUGAUUUAUAAAAUAUCCCAAGUUUUCUAUUUUUAUAGAUACCCUUUGUAUUAUUUAUGAGCAGCAAUUAUUUCUGUACAAGAUCCUUCUGGUAAUUAUUAUGAAACUAGCUUUUGUGACUAAUAUUGCUCUUGCCAUUAUUUUUCUUCUAGAAGCAGGAUUAAUUAUUGGUGUAUUUUGAAAACAUCCAAUCAACAUUUUAAAUGUCCUACCUAAGAAACUACUUUUCCCUACUCCACCCUUCCAUUUGAACCCCAAUCUUUUUUACCUUUUUUACCAUUGUACAGUGAUAUUUAUAAUAAAAUUCACUUUUGAAAGUA